CAAAACGAUUAGACUGGCUCUGACUGUACGCGAGUGAAGAUGUUGUGGAUCACUCGAUUGUUGCUGGUGCUGUCGCUGACCUUUGGUCACCUUGGUGCCCCUGCACAGGCGCAAGUCCAGGCCCAGGCCCGAUACGACCACACGCGCAUCUAUCAAGUGGAGCUGGCGAGUGCAGAUCACGUCCAACUGUUCCAGGCGUUGGAGCUGGCAAGCGAUUCGUGCUCGUUCAUGGGCCAUGCCCGAGUGCCGGGCCAGAAGCUGACGAUCAUGGUUACCUCGCACAAGGUGGCCGACUUCGAUGAUCUGCUGCAUAGCUACAACGUGAGCCACCGCAUCCUGAACCACAAUUUCCAGGCUCUGAUCGAUGCCAACUAUCGCGAAGUGGCCCCUGAGGGAACACCGCCGGAUCAGUUCGACUGGAGGCGCUACUUCCAGCUGGACAGCAUCUACGCCUGGCUCGAGCAUCUGGCCAAACAGCGGCCAGAGGUGGUCACUCUAGUCGAUCUGGGUGCUAGCACCCUGGGACUGCCCAUCAAGGGUGUAAGGAUUGCCUUUGGUGGGGAGAAUCUGACCAGCGUCUUUGUGGAGAGCGGGAUACAUGCCCGCGAAUGGAUCGCCCCGGCCACGGCCACGUACUUCAUCGAACAGCUGCUGAACUCCAAGGAUGCGGCGGUGCAGGCGCUGGCCCGCUCCCAAAACUGGCUGAUCUUCCCCACAGUGAAUCCCGAUGGCUAUCGCUACACGUUCAAGGGCGACCGCAUGUGGCGCAAGAAUCGCUCACUCUUCGGCAUCUGCCGGGGCGUGGAUCUGAACCGUAACUUUCCCUUUCACUGGAACGUGACGGGGGCCAGUGGCGACCCCUGUCGCUAUGACUACUCAGGACCGUCGGCAGGCAGCGAGGUGGAGACGCAGCGCAUCGUCCAGUUCCUAAAGGAUCGCAUCCAGUCGGAGCGCAUCAAGACGUUCAUUUCCCUGCACAGCUACUCCCAGCUGAUCAUGUUCCCCUAUGGCCACACUCCAGAGCGUGUGGAGAACUAUCAAGAUCUGAAGGAGAUCGGACAGCUGGCAGCCGAACGGAUCAAGGAGCAGAGUGGACGGAUCUACAGGAGUGGCAGCAUUUACGAGACCAUCUAUCCCUCCAGCGGCGGAUCCAAGGACUGGGUUCAUGGUCAUCUAAAGGUGCCUAUUACCUUCACGUACGAGCUGCGCGGGCCACCGGACAGCGAGGAUCUGUUCAUUUUGUCCGCUGAGGAGAUUGAGCCCACGGCCAGCGAAGCCUUUGCCGCACUCCAAACGAUCGUGGAGGAGGCUGGCAAACGUGGCUAUUACCAGUGAGAGCCAGCCACUGCAGAUCCAACUCGAAGCACCAGCAGCGGCAGCAGCAGCAUCUGAUGAUGAUGAUAAAUGUCGUCUGGCCUGGCAGUUCACAUGAAAAACACAUUACGCGCCAGCCAGCGUUUCUUAAUGCUAAAUAAUGAUGGCAAAAUCAUGACACAAAACCUCAUAAUAAUGUUGGUAAAUCAAAGCAAAUAUAGCUAGAGCAGAGACUCGAACAGAACGGA